ACCAUGCGUCAAAGCUCCCUCUUGCUGGCUGGGUCACUAGGUCGCGCGCUUGUCGGGGCGCACGUUGCCGAGCUCAGCGCAGCUACGCUAAGCAGCCGAGCGGCAUCGCUGCAUACAUGUGAAGCGUCUUGUUCCCCCCGCUGCACGGGCGCGGGCGCGCAGCAGCGGGCCAGCGCUGACCGGACAACAUGGGGUGGGGCCGCUGCAACACCCACGACAGCCGCAGCGCUGCACGCCGCCGGUCUCCAGCUCCAGUCGCGGCGGGGCGUACAGGGGUUUGCACGUAUCGCAGAAACAGAGGCAGGCAUGUCCAAAAUGAGCGGCUAUUACGCGGGCGGGUUCUACAUCAACAACGUACAGGUGCCGGGCUCUGUGUUGGUGUCGCACGACAUGUACUUCAUGUGGCGCCCCCGCCGCAUCUCCGAGGUCACGCCCGACAGCCUGAUGCUGCUGGAGGUGCUCAAGCCCGCGCCUGAGGUGCUGGUGUUGGGCACAGGCGCCACGCCGCAGAAGCUGCCGCCGGCGGUGCGCGAGUACCUGCAGCGGCUGGGCAUGCGCGUGGAGGUGCUGGACAGCCGCAACGCCACCGGCUACUUCAACGUGCUCAAUGACGAGGGCCGCGCCGUGGUGGGCGCGCUGCUAGUGGCGGACCCCGAGGCGCGCAUGCCCGAGAACCUGCCAGACGCGCAGGAGCCGCUGUGGGACCGCGCCCCGCUCAUGCAGCGCAGCGGCACCAUCUGAUGAGGCGGGAGGAGGGAGGUGGAGGAGGGGCUGGAGGAGGGAGUGCAUGAGGGGGUGCAUGAGGGCACUGGUUGGGGUUGAGGGGCGGCUUCGGGCAGGCCAGAGUGGUCGCUGGGAGCAGUGAAGGUGGGGGCGAAGGCAACGUGGAAAUAGGAAUGUGCAGCUAGGGUGCGCAGAGGCCAGGGCGGGUCAUGGGUGAGCACAUGGAGCAAAUGGGCACUGGGCGGCGAGGUGCAACACCCCAGAACACAGCAGGAAAUACGGCCCCCUUCUGCUCUUCGGCAGCGGUGGCGGAAGUGGCGCAGGCGGCGACCACCACCGAUGUGCGCAAGUUGGAGCUGCGGGUCGUGUUGAUGAAGCACGAGGCGAUGGAGGGCGUGCUGUCUGGGUGGAUUUGUAAGGGGGAAGGAUUAGGGACAGCGGAUGCAGAAAGGGCAGCUUCUCUAGUUUCUCCGGUGCUGGUGGGUGACAGACUGGCUGGAGCACGCGCAUGGCGUGUUCACAUUCCUCUGAAAGAGUCAAAACAGAUCACUGAACAGAUGUACCGUUGUCUCAAGCGGUGAUGUUGAAAAGGAUGGGAUGCCCCGUGAAGCAUACCAGUAUGCCGGCUUGUCCUACCCCGCCGGGAGUUCUUCCAGGACGUGCGGUGGACGGCCGCGGGGUCAAGGUGCGGUAGCUGUAAGCGUGAUGACGAAGCAACUGGUGAAAGAAUGGUGCCUCGCGUUUCCACGGGAGGGUCUGAUGCUCCUGGAAGCAAAGGAUGUGACCACAACUCCGGGCUGGGGGUGACUGCGUGCCAUGCGGGGGGUGACUGGCACGGAUUCCUGCUCUU